AUGGAAAUAGAAAUUUUUAGAAAAAAAAUUAAAGGAGAAGUCUAUGAAAGAAAUAGCAAAGAAUAUGAAAGUUCUCUUUUGGACAGAUGGAAUCUUGACGCUCUCACAAUAAAUAAACCAAAAUUAAUAGUGAUAGUAAAAAAUGAAAAUGAUAUUAUUAAUUCAAUUAAAUUUUGUAAAGAAAAUAAUAUUGAAAUUGCUAUAAAAAGUGGUGGACAUGGAUUUCAUAGUAAUUGUAAAGGAUUACUUUUAGAUUUAAAUUUAUUAAAAGGUUUAAAGUAUAAUGAUUAUGAAAAAACAGUUACGAUUGAAUCAGGAUGCAGAUUAGGAGAAAUGGAUAAAGAGAAUCAAAAACAUGGUUAUAUUAUACCAUCGGGUAUUGUUUCAGAUACUGGUGUAUUUGGAUUAACAUUAGGUGGUGGUAUUGGUCAUUUAUCAAGAAGUUAUGGUUUAACAUGCGAUAAUUUAUUAGAAGCAAAACUAAUAACAUGUGAUGGUGAAAUUAAAAUUAUAAAUAAAGAAACUGAUUCACAAUUAUUAUGGGCAUUAAAAGGUGCAGGAUCAAAUUUUGGUGUUGUCACAGAGUUGAAAUUUCAAUUACACAAAUUAAAUAAAAUAUUCGUUUUAAAAAGUUUAAUUGGAAUUAAUGAAAAUCAAUCAUCUUCAUCAUCAUCAUCACCACCACCACCACCACCAUCACCAAUAUUUGAAAAAUUGAAGAAAUUAUGUGAAUUUAUAAAAGAAAAUCAAAAAAUUAAUCAGUUUUCAGUUACAAUAAUAAUUAAUUCAAAAGAGUUAAUAGUAUACUCAAUUUAUAAUGGAGAUUAUGGUAAUGAAUAUUUAAAUAAUAUGAAUUGUUUAGUUUUUAAUGAACCAAGAAAAGAAAUUCAACCAGAGGAUUAUACAAUUUUACAACAAUUUUGUGACAAGGAAUUACCACGUUCUAAAAGAUAUUAUAAAAGAGGUAUUUUUAUUAAAGGUGAAUUAGAAUUUGAAUUACUUAAUAAAAUGAUCCAAUCAUUUAAUAAUCAUCCAAUUAAAGAUGGUUUAUCUUAUACGAUAUCACAAUUGGGUGGAGUUUUUAAUAAUCAAAUUUAUAAUAAUAAUUCAUCAUUUUCAUUUAGAAAAUCGUUAUAUCAUAUAUCAUUUUUAACUACACUACCUAUUGAUAAUGAAUAUCAACAAAAUCUAUUUAAUAAUAAUAAUUGUAUUAUUGAAGAUAAACUUAAAAUCAAAGUUUAUGAUUGGACAAACAAAACAUUGGAUUUAUUUUCAAAUUUAAAAAUUGGUGAUUAUUCAAAUAUUAAUGAUACGUUUUUAUCAACAGAUAAUUAUUAUGGUGAAAAUAGUAAAAAAUUAAAAGAAUUAAAAUUAAAAUAUGAUCCAAAUAAUUUUUUUAAUAAUAAUCCAAAUAUUAAUUAA